CAAACGUUCUGUUUAAGAUCCACGACGUCGUAUUACUUGAUUUCAGCCUUUCAAUUUUCGACACAGCGCCACUUCAGUUCCAAUCGAGCUGAAUCACACCAAGGUUUAGGUUAAAAAUUCCGCGAAAAUAUAUCCUCCGACGGCUGAGGAAGUGAGAUCUGACCGUGUGAGAGGGAGGAAUCCGGUCCGGCCGGGUGAUUGCUCAAAACCGAUGAGUGUGUUCGGAGGAGAUAGCUGGGCUCGCGAAGCUCAGUACCGGAAGAGAAGAGUGGAUGAUCUGAUUAUUCACGGAAUCGACGGUUCAGUUUACAGGAAGCUUCCCAGCGGCAAAUUCCUUUGCUUCAUCUGUCCUCACCGUCCCGUCCUCGAUACCCCCUUAGUUCUCUCCGCUCAUUUGAAAGGAUCACGCCACCGAGUUGCAGAGGCCAAGCUAAAGGAAAGAGAGUUAACCAGAGAAAAUGAGAUAAAGAAGAGAAUUGCACUGGCAGAUUCAUCUCUUACCGCUACUAGUAACUCUGGCUCCAAUGCUUCGGCACAAAGACAUGCAUCAGUAAACAAACCUUUGAUCAAGCAGGCGCGCCAAGCUGCUUCUCAAGUACUUGCUUCAGACCCUCCUGCAUAUGCUACACUGUGCAAAAGUCCAGAUGUCAAGUUGAAUACUUCCAAUAACAGAGAAAAUCCCUCUAUUCAACCAAGCAUUUCUACUGAAAAUGUGAAUGCUCCACAGGAAGUCUUGCGGCGCCAAUUUGAAUCUAGAGAUCUUCGAGAGAGGGAGCUUAAGUUUACUUCAGCUGGAUGGAAGCGUGAUGGCUAUGGAAGGUGGUUCAAGGAUGAAAAUGUUGAGUUUGAUUCUGAUGAAGAAGAUCCAAAUAUCUGCCUAGGAUUGACAACUACAACCGAGCCUUUAUGGUGAGGCCGGCUCUAUGGAUAGUUGAUUCCAAGAUAAUCUGUCUAUAGAAAGUUUUUGAUGAAGACUGGGAAGGAUUUCAUCAGACGCACAUUCAUAUGGCUUCGGCUUAGUGACCUGUCAACAAUGGGAAUUGGAUUGUAGUCCGUGAAUACAAACAUACCAGUUAUCUUUGAUGAAUGUCUCUGCGGCUCAGGAUUCUCAUCAUGCACAAUAUACAGGAAAGAAGGGGACAAAGGUAAGGCUCCUUUCAAAGCGCCAACAUCCUCUGAGAGGCAAACACUUAUUGGAUUUCCUGAAGGGUUCAAAUUCCGGUGCAAAAAUGUUAGUAGUAUAUGUUUAGUUUUUAACCUUACACUUAUCUUGGAUAUUAACUCAACAUGUUGUUAAGGAAAAACAAAAAAAAAAAAGAAAAACAAAAAACCACUUUUGUUACCACCACAGCCGGAUCAGCCCACUGGUCGGUGGUAGUAAAACAUUUUCGCAUACAAAUGUUUGAACUGAACUUAAACUAUUUCGACUACUUACUUUUCAUAUCAAACGAAAUUAAUGUCCGUAAAAUCAUGGUCCAGAAUCCAGAUCUUCUUUGGUAUAUCCAACAAGUCCAAGUUGGGCAGUUGCGUGUUUGCCAAUUUAGUGUUUUCCAAAGUGAAUGGGAGGAGAAAUCUGCACAAUCUGUCGGUUUCUUGCGAGCAGCAAAUGACUUAACCGGCCUCGAGUUUGCUAUAAUUAUUCGGAGGAUACCCGUUAUUUUUAUGAUCAUCAAACCAACAACCGAAUUGACUGAAUAAUAGUACUUCAAAUCUUCAGGAAUGGCGAAAUUAAGUGCUCCCAUACUAAUUGCAAUGUUUCUCACUCUCCUUGCGGUAACCACUGCUCAGACAGAUGGCCUUGGCUUAAUCCCCGAUCUGCCAGAAGGAGUCCGUCCACAGGUUGAUGAUAAUGAUGUCUCUUCCAUCAAUUUGGGGCGCAAACUCCUUGAGAUCAUUUGUGACCCUUAUUGUAAUGGAAGAUGCGUUUGCUGAUCAAGGAUUGUCUCUGGUACAACACUGUCUUCAUAAGUGUUGGUAGACUUUGUUAUUUUCUGUUUUCGUCUUCAAUGUCCCCUUAAUUACAGUAAUAAAAAAACGAGUUGGAGCAGCUGGAAUUCGAUGAGAACUCCACAAACAUGAUACUGUACUAUGUUGUUACUCGAUGAAACGAUCUUCUUCUAAUAAAU